AUGGCAAUCGCUGACAUGCUGGCCAACGGUGUCAUUGAGCACCAUCACGGACCAACCGACUGGAUUUCUAAUCUAGCGGUGGCAUUCAAGGAGGGUGGGUCGAUCCGAAUCACGAUCGAUCUCCGGGGCCUCAAUUCGGAACUUAGAGACCCAAGGGUGCCCAUCCCAACGCCUGAGACCAUCAAGGCCAAACUUGUCGGUUGUCGAUACUUCUCAAAGUUGGACUUUACACAAUCGUUUCAUCAAUUGCAACUCCAUCCAGACUCUCGCCACCUGACUGUGUUCCGUUCUGGAGGCAAGCUCUACCGGUAUAAGCGGGUUUCUAUGGGUCUCAAGCCGGCUUCCGGAGAACUGGCACUGGCCUGCCAAAAUACUUUUGGUCACCUCGAGAACGUACACACAAUUCAUGACGACGUCAUUGUGGCAGCACCGACCAAACAACAACAUGACAGGGCAAUGACUAAGUUCCUCGAAAGGGUCAAACAAUGUGGAAUGACCCUCAACCCCGCCAAGUGCACCAUAGGCCACAAAGAAAUCACCUUCUGGGGAGUCCGGAUCUCUGAAUGGGGUGUGUCCCCAGACCGAGACAGAGCACGGGCAUUAAGAGAGGCAAGACCACCUACUACAAAGCAAGGUCUGAUUUCAUUUUUGUGCAUGGCCAGAUCCCACCAGGACUUUAUCCCAUCCAUCGCAGGCCUCACGCCCAAUCUACGGGCACUAACGAGGAAACACGUCCCAUUCAAGUGGGAGAAAGAGCAUCAACGAGAGUUUGACGCUUUGAGGCAGGCCCUGAGCGAGGACACCCAAUUGGCAUUUUUUAACAUGUCUCUCAAAACGCAUGUCAUCGUGGACGCUCACAGAGACGGGCUUGGGGCUAUCCUAGCCCAGGGCCCAACAAUUGAAUCAGCCCGACCAAUGGCGAUGGCCUCAAGGUCGACCUCAUCCACUGAAAAAAGAUACCCCCAACUUGACUUGGAGGCGCUAGCCGUGGACUUCGGCCUCAGACGAUUCCGUCCUUAUCUUCUGGGCAACCCGCACGUCUUGGUUCACACGGACCACAAGCCUUUGGCGGCGGUCUUCCGGGAGACCAGGAUGGGGUCGAUCAGAACGGACCGGAUCAAAUUGCGUCACCAAGACGUCCAAUAUCAAGUUCAACACCUGAAAGGAGCUGACAAUCCGGCCGACUUUAUCUCCCGAAAUCCAAUUCCUUGGGACAAGCUCAGUGACGCUAUCAAAUCUGAGGCCAAUGAAUGUGAAAAGCUGCUCUACAUCAUUCAUUCUCAGGACAUCUUACCCACCAUCGACCCUGGGGCUCUCAGAACGGCUUCAGAUCGAUGCCAGGACAUAAAGACUCUCAGGGAACACAUAUGGAUGGGUAUGGGUACCAAACCCCGAGAUUGGAGCACCCUUCUCCCCUACAGGAAAGUGUUUACAGAGAUGACCAUUUCCCCCUUGGGAAAUCUCCUUCGAGGGGAAAAGAUGGUAGUCCCCACCCCCCUCCAAAGUGAGAUUGUUGCUCGAGCUCAUGGUGCAGCCCAUCUUGGCAUAGUUGCGUUGAAGCGACGCCUCCGGGCCGGGUUCUGGUUCCCCCGAAUGGACAAGAUGGCCAAAGAACACGUGAACAGAUGUGAGCAGUGUCAGCUCUUUGUGCCGGAGGGAGCGAAAGUCGCCCCCAGAGCCCAUACUGUCCCAACACGUCCAUGGCAUACCGUCUCAGUCGAUCUUUUUGGCCCCACGCCUAAGGGGAAUCACGUGGUUGUUGGCCGUUGCCUUAGCUCGAGGUAUCCAGUGGCGACAUUUGUUCCUAAACCUUCGGCAGGGCAUACCAUUGGGGCCCUCAGGGCCGUCUUUGAGCAAUUAGGCACCCCUAAGGUCCUCCAAACUGACAAUGCAGCAAUCUUUCAUUCAGGCGAAUUCUCUCACUUCCUACAACAAAAUGACAUUCAACAUGUACUCUCACCACCAUAUCACCCCCGCUCCAACCCGGCAGAGUGUACAAUGAAACUAAUUGGGAAAGCAAUUAAAAUGUCUGACUUCACGGUUUCGGGCAUGGAGAGGGCAGUGGCGGAGGCAUUGGAUGAUUACCGCCAUACACCUCAUCCCGCCACCGGCCUAACCCCACAAGAGAUGAUGAGGGACAAGAACAGAAUGGCUAAAAUAAGGGUAGCCUCCCGCAAAGACUGGGCCAUCAAACUUAAAAGAGCAUCCAAGAAAAGAAAACCAGUCAAGGACAUGUCACUCCAUCGGGGCCAAAGUGUGAGGGUCAAGGAACUUCCCAGGACCUCUAAAUUCUCUCCCUUGUACUCUAGAGACAGCGCUCUUGUGGAGCGCCGGCUCCAUGGAGACACAUACCGCUUACAGUAUCCAACAACUGGAAAGAUCAUAGACAGACAUAGAGACCACCUAAAGCCCAUACCUGCACCCAAUACCAACGCCUUCGUUAACCCAUGGGACCAAACAGGAGCCAGUGACCCAAUCAUCAUCAUAGAACCACCACCUCUGUCCGGGCCAGGGAUGGAGAUAGAGCCAGAGGAGCUAGACCCAGUGUCAGGCGACUCUUUUGAAAGUGCAGAAGAAGAUUGUUUGGAGGGACAACCCGGGGAGGCAGAAACCGAAGAAGAUGACAACCAGGCAUUUCACACUGCCCCAGGACCGCUGACCGAACAACUUCAGGCAUUAAGACACCUGCUACCAUGUGACGAGGAGGGAAAACCAAAACACCGGACCUUCCCGCCCCAACGACCCCACAACAGGUCCAUGGGUCCAAGGGGCCUGCAGGGGCCCCAACCGUAA